AUGAUAAAAGCUAAACAUGAUGACCCAUCAGUUUUAGAACUUGUCAAGCAGAUCGAAGGUACAAGGAACUUAGACAUUGAAACGUCAAAACCUAGACUUCAAAAGGCUCCCCAGCCACCUGACUUAAGACAUACCGAACAAACGAAAAAGGAUAGCACAACCAAAAGUAAACCAACGCCUCCAGAACCCCAAAAAUCUGAGAUGCAAAUGAUACUUUUACCAUAUCUACGUUAUCCCGUCACAGGAGUACCAACUACCGUGAUAUCAAAAUUCGUACCCUCGGCGUUCAACAUGUACUACAUCAUCCAUCUCAUGGACGACGUCAUACGUAAGAACGGUUACUUUAAACGACAAGAUGCAUGGCAUCCCUUUGUCUCGCGCCUCUACUUCGGAAUAAUUUUCAUUAUUCAGACAAUUAGAGCCGAAAUAUCAGCUGGAGUAGCUUCCAAAGCCAGACGCAAUUUCUAUACGAAAUUCUCUCGCGACUACCACCCUGAUACCUUACCCGUACCCGGCCCCCUCGUCACUCUUUUCGAGUGCCUGACCCACUGCCACCCCAGUUCCACACUGGCCGCCACAGUUACUCCAUAUAUACCAGAAAUCUUAGGACCAGCCAGAGCUGACACGCUUUUAGACGCCACCGCAAUCACAGCACAUCAACUCAUCCUACCUAACAUUCCUCUAUUACUUGGAUUUACAUCAACCGUGACCAGAGCAGCACCAGCCGCAAUCCCCGAUUAUUCAAACCCUGCAACGUUCUCCAACGCCGCAGAUCGCACCAUCAAUGGCCACGUCUUCACUCAAGAAGACUGGAACGACAUCGAAAGGUCCGCAAAAAAAAAAAAAAAAAAAUCCAUUAAGUAA